AUGGCUGCUAAUAUCCUCACAACGUACUCUCCACACAAUGUACAGGGUCGGCCGGAUCCGGAACAGCUAGCUACACAAGGCUAUCUCUUUAGCCUCGACCACGUGGCCACUAUCUCUAGCCCCGCCCCUUUAGUUAAUGAGGGGGGGGGCUUCAUACGACCCCUUACCAAAUACUGUAUGAUUGCCAUAGCAACACAGACGUUACAACAAAUGGAAGACACUUACUACUUGCAAGAGGAGCUGUUGGAGGGGGACAGUGAUGAUGGCUUCACAUAUGAAGAGGUGCCAGUGAGUGAGAGUGUGUCCUCUGGUGAUGAGGAUCUUAGUGCUGCUGUACAGAAUGUAACAGCAGGUAUCAAAGCAACCCCAGCUACAGCCUCCCUACCAGACACUGCCCAUGCUGAAGUGGUGGAGGACUUUGUACGCAACUAUCUAGUGCAGAAUGGACUCUUGGAUACUGCCGGUGUGUUUGAGAGAGAAUGGUAUCAGAGAAUGGGAAGUGGACACAGUCAACUCCCUCAUGUGUAUGCUCAGAACAGGCUCCUGGAGGUAUCACUGGAGGAGACCUCUGCCCAACUAGAGCGUUACAAAGAGGCUGCAAGGUUGGCUAAAGAGAGGUGUGUUCGGAUGCAGAAGGAGCGUGAUUAUCAUCGCAUGCACCACAGGAGAGUGGUACAAGAGAAGGACAAGCUGCUCUCUGACCUCAAGAGAAUGAAGAGUCACUAUAGUACUUAUGAGCCAGUGCUACAACAGCUACAACACAAGUACCAGACUGUGACUAGAGAGAAGAUGCUGGUGUGUUUGGAGAGGGACAGGGCAGUCUCUGAGGUGGGCAGUCUACAGACCACACUACACUCUGUACAGACUGAAGACAAGACACCAACUGACAACAAACACACACAACCAUCCAGCAAACCACCACCAAAGAUGGUGAUGAGAGAGGUUCCCAGUGAUCCCCCUAAUCCAUACCGUACUAGUAGACAGCCUGUGUGUGCUCACCUCACUCGCACCGCUGGGUUCCAGUCACACUCUGUCAUAGCAGCCAGUGAGUACCCCAUCAGUUGUACUACCCUCCAUCCCACCAAGCCACUACUAGUGAGUGCUAGUGAUGACCACACUUGGAGAAUGUGGAGCAUUCCAAGUGGAGAGCUAGUGUUGAGUGGUGAGGGACACAAUGACUGGGUGUCUUGUGUGGAGUACUCGCCCAAUGGCUUGUGUCUGGCCUCUACCUCGGGAGAUGGGACAGUGAAACUCUGGAACACAUCAUCAUGUAUCAAUACCUUCUCAGAGCACCAGCAACCAGUGUGGAGCUGCUCUUGGCACUGGGACAGUGUGUUACUAGCAUCUGGUGGAAUGGACCAUACUGCCAAGAUAUGGGAUACUGACAGGGGUGUGUGUGUGACCACUCUGCGUGGCCAUGCUAACUCCAUCAACUGCCUCUCAUUCAUGGCUUAUUCUAGUACACUAUUGACAGCCUCUGCUGACAAGACCAUCUCUCUGUGGGACCUACGCACUGGUUUGUGUGCGCGGACUCUCUAUGGUCAUGCUAACUCUUGCAAUGCAGUAGCACCCACACUCCAAGGUUAUGAAGUGUAUUCUUGUGAUUGUUUCGGAGCUCUGAUACAAUGGGACCUCCGCUCCAAGAGGAGACCUAACAAGAACUGGGAGCUGGGACCAUGUGCUCUCAACUCACUGGCCGUGGACCCAGCAGGUAGUAUUGUGUGCUGUGCUAGUGAUGAUGGGUGUGUGAGGAUUGUGGAUGCUGCCUCUGACAAGGAAUGGAGGCUGGAGGGAGAUAGCCCUGUACUGAAUGUGUUGCUCAACCAUCAAGCUGACAACCUCUUCUCUGCAAGCUCAUGUGGAGAAGUCACUAUAUGGCAAUAACUGACAUUAUAUUAGCAAUUAUUGUUUGUGACUGACUAUGGUACACUAGACCUAGUAGUAGGUACACAGAGGGAUAUGGCAUGUGGAUAUGACAGUAAUUAUU